AUGAUAUGGGCCGGUACCUUCCGUAUUCCAGAUUCUCCAGGUCGUACGGCUUCAAAUCGCCCGCCUUUCUUACUAGUGUACUCUCUGACA